ACUACCAAGGCAUACCGAAUGACCGGAAAAAGUAAUCCUCGGAAUUCCCGCCGUUUUUCUGCAAGCCAAGCAAUGAAUGAAAUGUUGCGUAGUUUAAAUUGAUAAAAUCAUUAAUAUAGCUUAGAGUUUAACAGAUGGCAGGGAGGUCUCGCAGAGGAAGAGGAAGGAGGAUGGGUAGUGGAUGGGAAGAGUGGGGAGGCUACAUGGAAGCUAAAAGACAAAAGUUAGGUGAACAGUUUGCUAAGAAUGCUGAUGAAAGUAUAUCUGGUCCUUUGUCGGACAUCUUUAAAGGUGUUGCUAUACAUGUAGAUGGUUAUACAAAGCCAUCAUCAGAUGAACUGAAGACGAUAAUGAGACAACAUGGAGGGAAAUAUGAACAUUACAUGAUGAAAACUCGUGUAACACAUGUUAUAGCAACCAAUCUUCCCGACAGUAAAAUACGCAAAGACUUCAAACAUUGUAAAGUUGUCAAACCGGAAUGGAUCAUUGAAUGUGUGAAGGCUGGACGUCUGCUCUCUUACAUUCCAUUCCAGUUAUAUACCAGUCUGUCUAAGAAUCAACCAGGGAUGGCGACGUAUUCAGCUUUUGCUGUGGCAAGACAGACAAGUACAACUUCUACAUUGGCUAGGAUGGCAACCAUGAAUGAAAGUUCAGUCAGCUUUGAUACAGAUGAUUUAUUUUCUCCUGAAAAAAGAAAAGACAGUGUUGGAAAUCAUGCAAAUGAUAAGGAAGACUUUUCUACACCAAAAACACCCACACUAGAUUUUAGUGAUUCUGAUUCCAGUGAUAAUGAAUUUGGUCGUCUGCUGGCUAAAGCUAAAAAGACUCAGGUAGAAAGUACAAGUGGAAAGAAAAUAGAUAUCUCUAAAGACCAAAAUUCAAGUAGAAAUGAAAUGAAUACUGAUGUCCUCAUGUCUGAUGAUGAUAUAAGUUUCCUUACUCAAAUAUUAGAGGAAACUAGAAAUACAAAUAAUAUCACACCAAUGGAAAAUGAUUAUGAAAAAAGUAAGACUGAAAGCACUACAUGUAAUAUAGUUACUGAAGCUGAGAAUAAACAAUCUCCUUCAAAAAGAGGCAUGGCAAUGGCAGGAGAACCAGAAUUCAUCAGUGAAUUUUAUAACAACUCACGACUCCACCAUUUGUCUACUUGGAAAUCUGAAUUUAAAUCUUAUGUCAAUGAGUUACAGAAGCAAGGGACUAAUUUUGUUGGACGACAGAAAUUAAAAGAACUUUUACAAAAGAAAUGUGAUACCAUAUCAGAUAGGGGGAUUAUCAAUGUACCUAACGUAGGAAAACCAGAGAAGAUUAUCAUGCAUGUUGACAUGGAUUGUUUCUUUGUGUCUGUAGGGCUACGAAAAAGACCUGAUUUGAAAGGAAAGCCCAUUGCAGUGACUCAUUCAAAAGGAAAAGGAGUGAAAUCUCAGGUUGAUGGAUCUGACCCACAGUAUGAGUUUGAGCAAUGGAAGCAAAGGAAGUUACAGAAAGGGAACCAGAAACAAUCAGACAACCAGCUGACUGAUGAUUUAGGAGAUUCUUGGAAUGUGAUCAGUAAAUCUUCAGAUAGCUUCCAUUCUAUGUCUGAGAUAGCUUCUUGUAGUUAUGAAGCUAGACAGGCAGGAGUAAAGAAUGGAAUGUUUAUGGGUAAAGCUAAAUCCUUAUGUCCUGAUCUCAUCACAAUACCAUAUGAUUUUGAGGGAUAUAAUGAGGUUUCCAGGAUGUUGUAUGACAUUGUAGCCAGCUACACACAUGACAUAGAAGCAGUAAGCUGUGAUGAGAUGUUAGUAGAUUGUACAGACUUAUUAUCAGACACAGGAGCUGAGCCUCUGGAUUUUGUCACCAUGUUAAGACAGGAAAUCUAUCAGAAGACCAAAUGUGCAGCAUCUGCUGGCCUGGGUGGGAACAUCCUUCAGGCAAAAAUGGCAACCAGAAAAGCUAAACCAAAUGGGCAGUACCAUUUAAAGCCAGAAGAUGUAGUAGAAUUCAUGAAAGAACAAUCUGUUAAAGAUAUUCCAGGAGUUGGCUGGUCAAUGUCUCAUAGAUUACAGUCCAUGUCUGUUUCCACAUGUGGGGAUCUACAGGGCCUGUCAUUGGAAGCCUUGCAGAAGGAGUUUGGUCCCAAAACUGGACAGUCUUUACAUAAGUACUGUAGGGGGCAGGAUGACCGACAGAUUAAGUUAGAACAAGAGAGGAAAUCUGUGUCUGCAGAAAUUAAUUACGGCAUCAGGUUUAAAAAUGAUUACGAUGCUGAUAAGUUUUUAACGGAGCUUGCAGAGGAAGUUUGUACUAGAUUAAAGAAAAUAAACAUGAAAGGGAAGACAGUCACUCUUAAACUGAUGAUCAGGAGAGAAGAUGCACCUAAAGAAACAGCUAAAUUUAUGGGACAUGGACUGUGCAAUCAUAUUUCUAAGUCAUCUACCUUACCUUUAGCUACUGAUGAUCCUAAAAUUAUAGCUAAAGAAUGUCUUACGAUACUACGGAAUCAACAUCUUAAGGUCCAGGAUCUUAGAGGAGUGGGUAUACAGAUUCAGCGGCUAGAAUCAGCUGUAGCGGGAUUUAAAACUGCCAAAGGACCAGCUAGUAGUAUUCUUAAGUUUACUGUAGCAAAACUAGACAUUCCAAAAAACCCAGAAACAAGAAAUAGUACAUUACCAUCCAGUACAAGUAAGAGUUCUGUUGAAACAGCAUUUAGUAUAAAGCCACAAACAGAAAAGAAAUCAAGUGAAAAUAUGAUGAAAAACUUCUUAACAAACAGUAAAACUACCAUGGAAAAUUUGGAAAAUUCAGGACUUGAAAAACAAAAAGUGGGGAUGGACAAGAAUUUGUUAAACACUCAAAUUAUGACAAAAGACAGCCCUUGUCAGAGUAACAUGUCAUGUUCAAGAACAACACAGAAUCUAGCAGAGGAUUUAACUAGGAGAAGUAAUACUUUGAUAGUACCACCACUACCAACUCUUAACUUGGAAAGAUCCCCUACUGAACUAUUCGAUAAUCCAGAAUUUCCCUCUGUUAAUAUUGAGAUAAGCCCAUUUGUAAGAAAUAAGGUACCAGCUACUCCUGAACUGACCAGGAACAGGACAGGUGUACCUACUGAUUACUUCCCUUCACCAUCACAGAUAGACCCAGAAGUUUUACAAGAGCUUCCACCUGACAUUAGAAAACAAAUUGAAGCAGAAAUGAAUAGUAGAAAGAAAUCAAAACGUGUUCCAAAUAAUAAUCAAAACCUCCCCAGCAGUGAUGAGCCUGGCUGUUCCCACUGGACCAAUCCUCCACAAGCCUAUAACAGGACACUUCAUCAAGACUCAGCGAUUGGUUUGCCUUCAAUGUCACAGAUAGAUCCAGAUGUUUUACCAGAAUUACCUCCAGAUAUUAGACAGCAGAUUGAAGCUGAAAUGAAAACUGGACAUCAGCCAAAUAAUAUGCCUGUUACUUAUCAACAUCAAACAAUCUCCCGAAAUCUGCAGGGCAGUGAUCAGCCAGCCGACUGCUCUAAUUGGACAAACCAACCAAAAGUUAAUACAAGACCUGUCCGAAGUAGUCCAAUUGUUGCUUUGCCGUCUUUCUCCCAGUUAGAUGAAAGCUGUUUUAAUGCUUUACCACUAGAUAUCCAAAGAGAAAUAAAAGGUGCUUAUGGCAAUCAAAGUAAAGGGAUGCAGAUAAACAAUAGAUCUCUAAAUGCCAAGAAUAAUCGUGUUAAUCUCGCAUCACCUAGUAAAGAUCAGUCACCAGGUCAUGGAAAGAAAAACAGUCCAGUGUUUAAAGUGCCUAAACAACCAAAAGGAAAAUCUGGAAGAGGGAGACCAAAGAAACUUAACUUUGUAUCAAAGAAACAACCAAAAAUUAAUGCUGCUGUUUCAGGGAAGAAAUCUACAGAGUUACAUCCUACAGAUUUAUUCAGAAUAUCAGAUGAUCCAAUUAUAAUUGAUAAUGAACCACCUUCUAUCACAACUUAUCAUGGAAAAACUGCCCCUCAGGAACAUGGAACAACCUCAAAUACAAAUCAGGACAGCAUUAAAGUCCAGGUUAACCUGUGUGGGGCUGUUACUAUAACAGAAGUCAGAGCUUUGUUAAAGGAGUGGAUCCAGACAUCAAAUGAUCCAGAGAAAGACGAUGAGGAAAUAAUGACUAGUUAUCUCACAAAUCUGGUACUAGAUCGUAAUUUAGAGCAAGUUGAUUUGGUGGUCAAGUUUUUGAACAGGCACAUUAAAAGAUUAGAGAAUGCCGCUUGGAUAUCUACUUUUGACAGAAUAUUAGACUCUGUACAAAAUGUUGUGAAAGGCCUUUAUGGAAGUAGAUUAAAGAUAUGAAUAAUAAA